AUGAAGAAGAAGGACAACACAGAGACGACGAUGAGCGAAGAAAUGGAAAGCGGGUGUGUGGCGGGGCUUGCGAGAGUGUACAGCCCGGCCCCUAAACGGUGUGUUCUCCCUGGGUUGUUGUGGACUGGUUCUCACCUCGAUUUGGAGCGGGCCCCUGAGGGGACAGAAGGGUUCUGCGCCAACUCCCGGCUCCCAUCCAUGGUCGCCGCUGGGAUUGAGGACAAGCAACCGUCCUACCUGUCCCGGCCCGCGGCUUCGAGCGGGAAUUCUGCUCGGUUUUUCGCUCCCCCAGCCGGCAAGCCCUAA